GAGGGCGGGGCCGGGCGCGGAGCAGGAGCAGAGCGCGGCUGCAGGGUGAGCAGCAAGCAGCGGGGAGACACAACCCUCCGCCCCAGUCAGCCUCCGCGUGUGUUCCCUCAGUCGGGAGAGCGCCAAUGCCGGGGCCGACCCAAACCUUGUCCCCAAAUGGCGAGAACAACAACGACAUCAUCCAGGAUAACGGGACUAUCAUUCCUUUCCGGAAGCACACAGUGCGCGGGGAGCGGUCCUACAGUUGGGGAAUGGCAGUCAAUGUGUAUUCUACCUCGAUAACCCAGGAGACUAUGAGCCGGCAUGACAUCAUCGCAUGGGUUAAUGACAUCGUGUCUCUAAACUACACAAAAGUGGAACAGCUCUGUUCAGGAGCGGCCUACUGCCAGUUCAUGGACAUGCUCUUCCCGGGCUGUAUUAGUUUGAAGAAAGUAAAAUUCCAAGCAAAGUUGGAGCACGAGUAUAUCCACAACUUUAAACUUCUGCAAGCGUCCUUUAAACGGAUGAACGUUGAUAAGGUAAUCCCGGUGGAGAAGCUGGUGAAGGGGCGUUUCCAAGACAACCUGGAUUUUAUUCAGUGGUUUAAGAAAUUCUACGAUGCUAACUAUGACGGGAAGGAGUAUGAUCCUGUUGAGGCUCGACAAGGGCAGGAUGCAAUUCCUCCCCCUGACCCUGGGGAGCAGAUCUUCAACCUGCCCAAGAAGUCUCACCAUGCAAACUCCCCCACAGCAGGCGCGGCUAAGUCGAGUCCGGCCGCCAAGCCGGGAUCUACACCUUCUCGUCCCUCGUCUGCCAAAAGGGCUUCGUCCAGUGGCUCCGCAUCCAGAUCUGACAAAGAUUUAGAAACGCAGGUCAUACAGCUCAACGAACAGGUUCAUUCACUGAAACUCGCCCUGGAAGGUGUGGAGAAAGAGAGGGAUUUCUACUUCGGGAAGUUGCGAGAGAUUGAGCUGCUGUGCCAGGAACAUGGGCAGGAAAACGAUGACCUCGUGCAGCGACUAAUGGAAGUGCUGUACGCUUCCGACGAACAGGAGGGCCAAACAGAGGAGCCGGAAGUGGAGGAGCAAACCCAUGACCAACAGCCGCAGCAGCAAGAAGAGUACUGAACCAUCUCAUCCGUUCUCGACGAUUCCAUCCUGCGUGGGGACUUUUCUUCUGGAGAAUUGGAACGCGUGUGUGGGCUGGAGCGCAGUAGAAACCAGCUGCUCCCAACCUGUUCCCAUCGACAGUGAUCUUGCACCCUCCAGCCAUUGCUCUUGGUUCCCACUUCUCUGCCAAGACGCGUUAGCAGAUGGCUAUUCUGGUCAGCUCCCUGCCAGGUCAUAGGCUCACCUUCAACUUCACCACCUGGCUGCUUGAGACUGGUUCUGCUCCUCCCUCAUAACUAUUUCCCACCCCAACACCACCACCACCACCACCACCAUCACCACCACCACCACCACCACCCCUUUUUAUCCUGGUGUGAAACAAUGGUAAUUUGAUAUAUGGUAUUUAUAUUGGCAUUUUUCAACCCAGUGUCAGUAGAUGUCACGCGAAUUUGUGGUGCUUUGAUGUUUGCGAGUCUAACCUCCUCUCAUAAAUUUGGUCAGAUGAUUAAUUGGAACAAAGGGAAACAGAUAUUUGAUAUGAAAGCCAUAUGACAGUAGCUUGUGUCAUGGGGAAAACAGUUUUCUCCCUCUACUCACAACACUAAAGGGAAAAAAAUGGAUUCAGAACUAUGACUUCAGGGCCCAGCAGUGUUGAUAGAGCAGCAUAUUAGACAACCACACAGUCGUUAGUUUUCAGACAUUCGCUCCACAGACAAUACCAUCUCAGCUCUGCCCUUGCUCUGUGUGUCCCUGCCUCCCCCUCCCCCUGGUUCUCCUGUUAUUUUCUUUCUCAGGGUCCUUUCUUUGGUGGGGGGUCCACUCCCCAAAAGAUGUUGUCAUUGGCAAUCUGCAGUUGCAAAGGGGAUAGGGUGGUCUCAGAAGGCACAAGGCUUCCUGCCUCAUCCCUCUUUUCUCCUCGUAAGGGCUUCAACCCAAGUCCUCCAGUUCACAUUUAAGGAAUCUAUACUAGAGGGGAACUUGAGGGAGCGUACCCUACACGCCAGCCUUCGCUCGGUGCUGGCUGCCAGGGUUGAUCGAUACCAUGAUUUCAAGGGAGAAGAGUGGCCGUACACAAAAAUGCCAAUGACCCCCAUCACCUUCUGGAGUGAGGACUCCACCCUCUCUGCAACAAGGGGCCCUCCUUGUCACUGACAUUUGCUAAACCACAGCAAUUCAUAAACGGGAAACAUUAGUGAAUUGAAAGCAUUCCUUGUUUUUAACUAAUAUUUGCACAUUUUCUUAGUCUCCUUCCUGAUGGUCGCCUGUCCUCCCCUCUUGACAGAUGGCAUUCUUUCCCAACUCCCUCCGUUUUAUUCGAUUUUAGCUUUAGGUUUGCUGUCCCUCGUCAUAUGGCCAGCAAGUGCAGAAAAAAAAAAGAAACAAAUGUGCCCACCCCACCUUCCACUUAAAAAAAAAAAGUCUCAAAAUAAAUUUCUGAAUUAUGCAUCAUAAAGCUUUGAAAUUUCUUUAUUAAUUGAUGGGAUACUAACCUUAAAUCCUAGCGUUGAAGCUUUCCACCAAGAGAAAGCUUUGCAAAAUAAACCUUCGCGGCAGCGUUGUAUAUAACUGAGGCCCAUGUGGAAAAGAUGGCUUGUAUUUUUGAAAUGAUCACGACACACUGUGCAGAAGCGGACAGUUGUUCCAUGGCGUCUGGUUCUCCUUCCUUCUCUCUCCUGCUCACUCAGCCCUGCAGCGCAGCGCAUCUCUCUGAGGCUGGAAAGCCUCGCCCCUCGCAGUGACGUCCUCCCACGCCUGGCCGCGGUAGUGGCUGUGCUCCACGCGUCAGGCUUCGUGGUUUGUUGCUCUCCUGAGCCUUUUUUAUUCACUCGCUUUGUUUUUGGCUUUUUAAUGGCUAUUCUAAAGAGGUACAAUGAGCAGCUAUUCACAGACCCCUGGGUGGUUCCUGAACCUGCCCAGGACGUCUUAGCACCCAGGGCUGGGGGAUUCAUGGCCACACUCCUGAGUGGGUACCGGGAAUCGGGAUGGGUCAGGAUCGUUCCUCUCCCAGUGCCUCUCGCUGGAAGCACUCUUCCUUUCCACCUCCCUGGACUACUAAGCUGGAGACCUACUGGCCACAUGUCCGAAAAGAAUGCUCCCCAGCUGGUGUACUCCAUUCUCCUUCCUAGUGGCUCACGCCAGACCAUUCAUCCGCUCCUGUCCGUGUGCCCAUCGUAAAUAUCUGGUGAUAUGUCCCAGAUGGUGCCAUGGAUGCUUUGGGGAACCCUUCGUAGUUAUUUCCACCCCUGCCUCUGGGCACCCACUACUCAUGAAUGGCGGAACAUUCAUUGUCUUAUCUCAGCAUUCAGGGGACACAGUCCUCCAAGCCCCAGCCCAGCCAUCGAACAUCACACUGGGUCCAGAGGCAUCCCAGCAUGGGUCCCUGCUCCUCCCUCUCAAGAAGUUGGUUUUUUUUUUUCCUCAGUUUCCCCGCACCCACUGUUGGCUGGAAGGGCUUCCAUUACCACUGUCAGAUUGGAAGUGAUCGAAGCAGGGGAUGAAGAGAGAGCUCACAUCCUAAGUAUAGAGAAGCAGGAAAAAAAACGUUCAAAAGACAAACACCCUGUUGAACUGAGAGAAGUAAACUCCAGAAGGGAACCAAGAUUUCCUCCCUUUCCUGGUGUUUCCAUUAUUCCGUUAAGGUUUAAUAUGCAUUCAGAUUACUUUACUAAAUAGUACACCAUAAAGCUUUUGUUAUAUAUUAAAUGUAAACUGAAAGGAAUGUAAACAUAUGUAUUGUUAAUUAUAAAUAUCGAUAAGUAAUGGCAUACUAGAUGAAGAGGUCUUAUUCAGACGCAUCACAUUCAUUUUACAUUGCCCACCUAUUGUCGCAUGGUAGGAUAGCUUUUUGUCUCUGAAUAUGUGAAUAACUUGACUUGCGUUGACCUUUUUACAUAUUUAAUAAAAAAAUAUAUGUUAAAAUCU